GCGGCAGCUCCAAGUCCCCCCAGUGCGCCGCCAUGUUGUCGGAGUGAGAGGCAGAGGUAGGGAGACGGCUCCGGGGGCUGAGAGAAACAACGACUCAAUCUGACUCCAUCCUCCCGCUCCGCCCGUGUUGGUGGAAUGAGCGUUGCAUGUGUCUUGAAGAGGAAAACAGUUCUCUGGCAGGACUCCUUCAGCCCCCACCUCAAACAGUACCAAGAAGGCACACUUAACCACAAUAUGCCCGUGGUCCUGACAAAUGGACCGGUGGGCCAGCAGCAGCCACCGCCUCCAAAUCAUUCUAAUUUGGCUAGUGGUCCCCAUGCAAGCCCUGUUGGAAGUGCAAUGGGAGUGGCUGGUCGCUCCCAGGACGAUGCAAUGGUUGACUAUUUCUUCCAAAGACAGCAUGGCGAGCAGCUUGGGACUGGCGGCAGUGGUGGAGGUGGCUAUAACAAUAGCAAGCAUCGCUGGCCCACUGGAGAUAACAUCCAUGCAGAGCAUCAGGUGCGCUCAAUGGAUGAGUUAAAUCAUGAUUUUCAGGCUUUAGCACUUGAAGGAAGGCCAGUGGGUGAACAACUAUUGCCUAGCAAAAAAUUCUGGGAGAGUGAUGAUUCAAACAAGGAUGGACCAAAAGGCAUUUUCUUAUCGGAUCAGUGGCGUGACAGUGCAUGGGGAGCAUCAGACCAUUCAGUCUCACAGCCCAUCAUGGUCCAGCGGCGGCCAGGUCAAGGUUUUCAUGUCAGCAGUGAGGUUAACUCUGUGCUCUCCCCUCGUUCUGAGAGUGGUGGCCUGGGAGUCAGCAUGGUCGAGUAUGUGCUCAGCUCCUCUCCUGGAGACUCCUGCCUGAGGAAAGGAUUCGUAAGUGCCUCUCCCUUAAUACAAACAAGGGGGGGUGCCCUUCGAUUGCCAAGAUAUAGAAAAAUGCAGGGGCCAAGAGAUUCGGAAGGAGAUGAAAAUGACAAGGGAGACAAAAAGAACAAAGGUGUCUAUGAAGGGGACAAGUUAGGUGAUCUGAAAGAGGAAGGGGAUAGUAUGGAUAAAGCCAAUGGACUACCGGUCCAAAAUGGGAUUGAUGGAGAUGUGAAGGAUUUCAGCCGUACCCCAGGAAACUGUCAGAAUUCUGCUAAUGAGGUUGAUCUCCUCGGGCCCAACCAGAAUGGUUCAGAAGGACAAGCUCAACUUUCAAAUAGUAAUGGAACUAAACAAGUGGAGGAUUUUGGUGGUAUGGAGUCCCAAAAUGUACAGCUGGAUCAUAUGGAGCAUGUUGGUAUGGAACCAUUACAAUUUGACUACCAGGGCAACCAAGUGCCUGUUGAUUCAGGUGCCACUCCUGUGGGCCUCUUUGACUAUAAUUCUCAGCAGCAGCUGUUCCAAAGACCGAAUGCCCUCGCAGUCCAGCAACUGACAGCUGCACAGCAGCAACAAUAUGCUUUGGCAGCAGCGCACCAGCCACACAUAGGUAUGUUUUCAGCAGGUUUAGCUCCCGCUGCCUUCGUCCCAAACCCCUACAUAAUCAGUGCGGCACCUCCUGGAACAGACCCAUAUGCUGCAGGACUAGCAGCAGCAGCAACUCUUGGUCCAGCAGUGGUCCCUCACCAGUAUUACGGUGUGACUCCCUGGGGGGUGUACCCAGCCAAUCUCUUCCAGCAACAAGCAGCAGCUGCUGCUGCAGCCAGCAACUCAGCCUCCCAGCAGAAUAACCCACAGAACCAGCAGGGACAACAACAGGUACUGCGUGCUGGGGGCAACCAGCGGCCCUUAACGCCCAACCAGAACCAACAGGGUCAGCAGAAUGAUCAGCUUGUGGCAGCUGCAGCUGUGAACUCUGCCCUUGCCUUUGGACAAGGUCUAGCUGCAGGCAUGCCUGGCUACCCAGUACUUGCACCUGCUGCUUACUAUGACCAAACAGGGGCGCUGGUUGUUAACACAGGAGCCAGGAACGGUCUAGGGGGUCCUGUUCGGUUAGUAGCUCCAGCCCCAGUUAUCAUCAGCCCUUCUGCUGCUCAAGCAGCAGUUGCAGCAGCUGCCGCCAAUGCCAAUGGUCCAGGAGGCUCAAACAAUGGACCUUUCCGCCAGUUAAGUUCUCAACAACAGCAGGGUCAACCACAACCACAAGGCAAUCAGAAUUUGGCAUCCAGCUCCUUUUACGGCAACAACUCCCUGACCAGCAACUCCCAAAGCAGCUCUUUGUUUUCUCAGAGUUCCGGUCAGCCAGCAAAUAGUUCAUUAGGUUUUGGAAGUAGUGGAUCACUUGGUGCCUCACUAAGUUCGGCUCUUGGUGGUUUUGGGACAGCAGUUGCCAAUUCCAAUACUGGUAGUGGAUCUCGACGUGAUUCACUUACUGGCAGCAGUGAUCUGUACAAGAGGACUUCCAGCAGUCUUACCCCCAUUGGUCACAGCUUCUACAAUGGACUUGGCUUCUCCUCUUCACCAGGUCCUGUAGGCAUGCCUCUACCCAGCCAAGGACCCAGCCACUCCCAAACACCUCCACCUUCCUUAUCCUCGCAUGGGUCAUCUUCCAGUCUUAACCUUGGGGGGCUGACAAAUGGUAGUGGGCGCUAUAUAUCUGCAGCACCAGGAGCAGAAGCAAAGUAUCGCAGCGCCAGUAGUGCAUCCAGCCUGUUUAGUCCAAGUAGUACACUCUUUCCAUCCACCCGCCUUCGCUAUGGCAUGUCUGAUGUCAUGCCUUCUGGUCGAAGCAGAUUGCUUGAGGACUUCCGUAACAACCGCUAUCCGAACCUUCAGCUCCGUGAAAUUGCAGGCCAUAUUAUGGAAUUCUCUCAAGAUCAGCAUGGCUCUAGGUUUAUUCAGCUUAAGCUGGAACGAGCAACUCCAGCAGAGAGACAACUGGUUUUCAAUGAGAUUCUACAGGCUGCCUAUCAGCUGAUGGUUGAUGUUUUUGGCAAUUAUGUUAUACAGAAGUUUUUUGAGUUCGGCAGCCUAGAUCAGAAGUUGGCGUUGGCAGAACGGAUUCGUGGGCAUGUACUUUCCCUGGCCCUGCAGAUGUAUGGAUGUAGAGUGAUUCAGAAGGCAUUGGAGUUCAUUCCACCUGAUCAGCAAGUCAUCAAUGAGAUGGUCCGAGAGCUAGAUGGCCACGUUUUGAAAUGCGUGAAGGACCAGAAUGGGAAUCAUGUGGUACAGAAAUGUAUAGAGUGUGUGCAACCACAGUCCCUGCAGUUUAUCAUUGAUGCCUUCAAAAGCCAGGUAUUUGCACUCUCUACACAUCCAUAUGGGUGUAGAGUGAUCCAGCGGAUCCUGGAGCACUGCCUUCCAGAGCAGACACUGCCCAUUCUAGAGGAGUUACACCAACAUACUGAGCAACUUGUACAGGAUCAAUAUGGUAACUAUGUCAUUCAACAUGUUUUGGAACAUGGGCGACCAGAGGAUAAGAGUAAAAUUGUUGCAGAGAUUCGGGGUAAUGUUCUGGUUCUGAGCCAGCACAAAUUUGCAAGUAAUGUUGUGGAGAAGUGUGUGACACACGCAUCCCGUACAGAGCGAGCUAUGUUGAUAGACGAGGUUUGCACAAUGAAUGAUGGGCCUCAUAGUGCCUUAUACACCAUGAUGAAGGACCAGUAUGCCAACUACGUAGUACAGAAAAUGAUUGAUGUGGCAGAACCAGCUCAACGUAAGAUUGUCAUGCACAAGAUCCGACCACACAUCGCCACUCUCCGUAAAUACACAUAUGGCAAGCACAUCCUUGCCAAACUGGAGAAGUAUUAUAUGAAGAAUGGCAUGGAUCUGGGUCCAAUGUGUGGGCCCUCAAAUGGCAUCAUCUAGAGAUCUUCCUGAAACAACUGUAUCUCCCACCUUUGCCCACCGUGUGGGAGAUGCAGGGUGUAGCUCUGACCUUCAACCUUUGUAAAUGUCUUUAAUUUUAUUACACUCAGUGUAUUAAUUAUUAUUAUUAUUUUUUUUUAAAAAUCAACUUAACCCCCACUGUAUUUCUGUAUAGAAUCACUUGUACAUAUCUUGUACAUGUCCUGCCCUUUUGCUGGAUGCAUAUACUUUUAUGUGUGUGCUCCAACGUCCUUGUGAAUAAAUUUGCUCUCUAAGUCCAAAAGGUUAAUGAAUUUUUUAAGCCAAAAAAAACAAAAACAUUUUUCCCUUUUGCUUAUUUUUAAACAUUCUUUGUUUAACCAGAGUUCUCCAUUUCUACUUGUACGUAUAUAUACACUUUUUUUCUUUUUUUUGGUUUAUUCUCCGAGCAAAUUCUGUUUUAUUGUGCAGAAAUUGGGAAGAAUCGAGGCAGGUGUACAACUGCCAUUUUUAUGACUGUAUUUUUGAUUUCAAGAAAAGAUUUACUUUAGCAUGUCCACUUAAAUUCUAACCCUUGUACCCUUUUUUCGCUUUGUAUAAAUAUGUAGUGUAUACUUGAUAUAGAUAUUUGCAUAUAUAUAUAAAACUUUGUAGUAUUUUUUUCUUUUAGUUUUUUUGAUGUUUAAAAUACAGAUGUAUCCUGCAGUUAGUGGACAUAAACCCUUUUGACUGUAAAAUUGUACAUUUGUAAAACCUCAGUAAUGUAAAUGUGAGUUUGAAAAUUGACAUAACCCCCUUCCUUUUUGGUAAGAGAUAAGAAAAGGCAAAAAAGACAAAAAAAAAAUCUUUAGGCCAAACUGUGCAUUUCCAGAAUUCUUCUACAGAUUUAUUGGUCGUGAUGUUGUAAAUUGUAAAUUGUAAUUUCAGCCAGACAAGACAAAAAAAAUUCAUUCUUUUUCUUCCCCCUUUUUUAGUUGGUGUUUAAAUCUAAUUUUAUUUCCCUUAAUUGGAUAAUUGUAAAAAUUGCUCCAAAUUACUGAAGAAAACUUUUAAAGUAGCUGACCGCAAAUUAGUGUCUGAUUCUCUAUGAAAUCAAGCAGCCCUUAUACGUUUGGAGAUCCUGUUAGUUAUUCCUUCCUGUACAGACUAUAAUAAUGUUUUUGUUUUGCAUUUUGUCUCACUUGUAAGUUGCUGUAACAUAUUGUCCACUUAAUUCUUUCUUGUUUGAAUAUACAAAUGUAAUAGUUAAACGGUGUAUAUUUACAACAGACAUAAGAACCCCUCUUUGUGUAUAUUACAAAUGCAAUUUUUUCCAAGCACACUUGUUUAACCGUAUGUGUAUAAUUAAGAAUCCCCUUUUCUGUUGCCAGAUGGAGUGGAAAGAGGGCAAUAGGGAAGGGGCAUUAUCGGCCCUGUGGAUGCUUCUGAAUUAGCAAUUAUUUUUUGUACUUUGUGUAGAAUGUCUAUAAACGAUGUGUGAUCUUUAUUUUGAAAAUUACAGAACUUUGGAAUCUCAA